AUAAUUAACCUUAUCAUCACACUAAUCGUCAACUCUCUAUUAUCAACCAUCAUCGUUUUAAUCGCCUUCUGACUACCCCAACUCUACUUGUAUAUAGAAAAAUCUAGCCCAUAUGAAUGCGGGUUCGACCCAUUGGGUUCAGCCCGACUACCCUUCUCACUAAAAUUCUUCCUAAUCGCCAUUACGUUUCUACUCUUUGAUUUAGAAAUUGCCCUCUUAUUACCACUUCCAUGAGCUGUUCAACUAUCAAACCCCAAUACAAUAUUAAUCCUAUCAUAUGGCCUAAUCCUACUUUUAACAGCAGGAUUAGCUUACGAAUGACUACAAAAAGGCCUUGAAUGAACUGAAUAG